ACGAAUUUGUGUUGUCUGAAUGUGAGUUGGUUUGGUAGUCCACCACUGCGUGCAGUUUCGGUGAAUACUCUUCUCUCGCGGGCGGCGAAUGUCUACUUGGUCAACAUAAAAUAUCGCGAUUUUCCACAACACCGCUACAGGUGCAAUGAAAAGUGCAUCCAAGUGAAGUUCCAACCGAGUGCUUCACAUAAGGAUAACAAUUGAUCCCGGCAUCAAAACUGCUUUGGAUUAACACUGAGGAUCAAUCGCCCUUCUUACUGUAGCCGUGUUGCUUCGAGCCGCAGCACUCCCAUCACCGUGGCGUCGUCCGUUGAGGAAAUGGGUGAGGUUGGAGUUACCACCGCUGAGCAUCCUACUGCCGAUGAAGUCAAGGAAAAUGGUGAACUAAAUGGGAAUGGUACGGAUCAAUUGCCCACCAAAGGUGUUGUCAAGGAGGGUGAUGAAAUCAGUACCAAGAUUGCCAGCGAGAGUGAGGCAGAGGAAGCGUCUCAACCAUCCAGGCCUAUUAGCAGUAAUGGUCAAACAGACGACACUUCCCAAGACCAUGAAGAAACUGAGGACAGCAGACAAGAAGCAGCCGUGGAAUCCAUUGAAUCGAUGGAUGUCGACGGCGGAAGUGGAGAUCGAAAGUCGCAAACAGAAAACAAAAGUGGAGGCAUCUCUCCAGAUAGAGCAGACCCGUUGGACGAGAAUCCAAAGUCGAAAGACGACGAUGAGCCAAUGGAUGUAGACGCAUCAACUAACGGCCAUAGUACAGCCGAGAAGACAGAUAUCGAUGAUGAUAGUGAAAAACCGGUCAGUAUUAAUUCAGAUUCUGACAAUGAAGAUGAAGAUGAAGAUCUGUCUGAAUCAAGAAAAAGGAGAGGGCCCGAGAGUCUGGAUGGUAAUUCAAAAUCCAGCGAUAGUGUUUCCACUUCGUCGAAAUCUAAUGGGGCCCCUGUAAAACAACAAAACGGGGAUUGUGAUGGAGAUGUGACAAUUCUGAGCGACAAAGAGGAAGAUUGCGUGGUAAUCGAUGAUGAGGAUGGUGACGACACCAAUACAAGCAGUGUACAUAGUCAACAUAAAGAUAAUUUGGAUGAAAUAUCCCCUAGAAGGAGCUCGAGGGUUCGUAAAAGUAUGCUACCAUCGGAUAUUUCUACUAUUGACGAUGAUGAUGAUAUUGAGGAAAUAAUAGACGAUCCUUUGAAUAUACCGGCUAAAAAACCUCGGCUGUCUAUAAAUCCAUCACUACAACAAAAUAACACCUUUAAUGCACAACCACAAAAGUCACUACUUGCCAAUAAUCAGACAGGCGUUGCAAAAGAUUCCAAUCUGGUUAUAGUAGAUUCGAAUUCACUAAUAAAUCGAUCCAAUUCAGGAACUCCCAAAUCCGCGAAUUCUUCGUUUUCGGCGCUUCCGGCUGGUAUGUCGCCUAAUAGUUCGUACAAUUCAUCGCGCACGGUACUGAAUCCUGUAGCGGCAGCUGCAAGUCUCAUCUCGAAAAGCAACCCGCCACCAUUAGCGCCGUUAGCGCCAGUUACACCGCUAUUACCAGCUUUAACAGACGAUAUGUUUGUGCUGGAAGCACCUUCGUUUAUUGUCCCGUACAUUUAUGAAAAACCACCACCAGAGAAUCUUCGAGACAUUGUCACUGAACUGGAAGCCCGAAUUCGGUCAAUGCGGAAAAGAAUCGAAGACGAUGACUCUAAAACGGGCGACGACGAAAAUAGCCAGACUUCAACAGCGGAAAGUCUAGGUAAAAAAUCAUCAGCUUCGGAAGAACCCGUAGCCACAUCCAGUAAAAAGAGUAAAUCAAAACGGAAAAAAUCUCCUGAUGAGGAUGACGAUUGGAAUGAAGUGGAUACAUCGACGGAUGAUGAAGCAUCGGAUGAAGAACAGAAAACGAAGGUACUUAUAAAGGAUGCUGAAACAGAUAUCGAUAUAAUUAAAGAUCACAUCAUAACACCGGGGGCCAAAGAUGACGGAAUCACCCUGGUUGAAACGAAAAAAUCCGAAGAUUAUUUCGAGAACCCUCUGGGAAAAUUUUUCAUGAAUAUCGGCAUCAAUUUGGUGCAGGAAUUCGUGCAAACUGAUCUACUAAGGCAACAGAAGAAGAAGCGAGACCGAGAAGGCAAACCGAACGCAAGUACUCAGAUGGCAAUCAACUCGCUGAUGAAGAACCUGGAACUGAGCAAGGAAAACAACCGGCCAUUUAAAUUUGAAAUGAAGCGUUGCGAGUAUUGCCCCUUCAAAUCGGAAUCGGCAUUGUCCAUGGCACACCAUUACGAAACGCCACAUAUGCGAAAUUAUGUCUACAAAUGUAACUUCUGCUCCUAUGAAACACGUCCUCCGCAUGAUAUCCUGUAUCACAUGGAGGCCGUCCACAACAUCAAGGGGAAACUGGAAAAGGGUUCGAUGUACCACGCAUGUCCCAACUGUCCAUUUGAAGAUAAUGGCAAAUCCAAACUAGCCCGACACACUGUAGCUUGUGCGAAGAAAUUCCGACCGGAAAUCAAUCUGAACCCGCCCAUCGAUUGGGAGCCUCCGGCGAAAAUUCCUCGCAUCAAACCGAAACAUGGUCUCGUGGGAACAGCGACUGCAUACCAAGCAAUGGCAGCCCAGCAGCAAAAAACUUUGUCGAUGGCCAACCAACGAGUUCAGACGGUCGGAAAUAUCAAUCCGGUGAAUAUCAACAACCUCACAGCAGCUGCCCAGGCGGCGGCACUACGAGCACGGGCUACAGUGGCUGGUGGCAAACAGAUUCCGCUAAACCCGGCCGCCUCCGCUGGUCUCAUGCGCGUUGGUGCCACCGGAGCUACAGGUUUGCGCACCGGACUAUCGCCAGGAAUGGUAAUGCCCAAUAAUCUGCAACUGUCUGCAGCGGCAAUUGCCGCUGCUGCUAAUAAGUUUUUGCCGGCCCAGACAGUCACUGGACGGCCUCUACUCGCAAAUUCUAACGCAUCGGUGACGAUUCAGAACGCAAUGGGUAUGAAGACAGGUAUGAAACCCUCACAGCAACCCAGCAUCUCCAUCACACCGCUACCGCGGCAAUCGAAUGCGGCCAAUGCCAUGGCCAUGGCGGGUGCACUACCCAAAAUUCAAGCGGCAGGCUCAUCGGCUAUAAAGCCGGGACAAAACCCAGCUGGAGGCAAAACAGCAUUCGUAGUAUGUGAAAUUUGUGAUGGUUACAUCAAGGACCUGGAUCAGCUGCGAAACCACAUGCAAUGGAUACACAAAGUUAAGAUACACCCUAAGAUGAUUUAUAACCGGCCACCUUUGAAUUGCCAAAAAUGUCAAUACCGAUUCUUCACGGAUCAGGGCUUGGAACGGCAUUUGCUAGGUUCUCACGGUCUAGUAACGAGUUCUAUGCAGGAAGCAGCGAAUAAGGGAAAAGACGCUGGACGGUGUCCUGUUUGUGGACGGGUUUAUCAAUGGAAACUGUUGAACCAUGUGUCUCGGGACCACAAUAUGACCCUGAAACCAGCGCAUCUUUCCUACAAGUGUACGGUGUGUACCGCUACUUUUGGCAUGUACAAGCAAUUCGAAAGCCACGUAUACUCGGCACAUAGCACAGUGGCGAAAAAGGCGCUCGAUAACAAAGGUAAGCCAGCACAAGGAGCUGGGUCCAGCGGCAGCCCGGCGACGACCCGAAGUUCUCUCGGAGGUGGCGACUCACUGCUGAAACCGUUGAAAAUCAACGACGAGAUCACGAUUAUUCCUCAGCCAGGUGGCGGCAAAGGAGCGUCAAAACCGAUGGAAAUCGAGAGCCAUGUUAUCGAUUAAACUACGUUCCUCGAAACCAUCGACUCUUCACUAGGACAGAAUUUUCUUUAUACCUAUUACCACUUUCAAUCGGAUGUAACCUUGUAAACAAUACGAACAGUUUUCGAUAGUAAGGCAAAUAAAUAACUGUAAACAAAAAGCAUCAAGGCUUGAAAGAUGUUUUCUAGGUCAUUUCAUUCUUCGUAUACCCCCGUAUCUGUCAUCCCCAAUAGCUGUACCGGCGAUUUUUUUUCACCUGUUUUCUAAAGAAAUAAAGACAAACUCCAACAAGUUCCUAUUGAACAACAUGUUUGUCUAUAAAAAGGGGAUCUUCGUUGAUCUUUUAAAAUUUGUUCUAUAAGUUGGUACUUUACCUAUUCGACUUUUAAAACACUUUUGCUUCACAAUCAAAUCGGGAUGUUGUACAGAAGAUUGGAAUUCAUGAAGCAGAUUAACAAUAGUCAAAUGUUUGUAACUACAAAAAGUUACACCUUGAAAACUUGGAAAAUCACAAGCAAAAAUAUUUAUAGCUACAAAAAUGUAUAAGUUUACCAACCUCCUGUGAACAUCAAUGGAAAGAAUACCUUUUUUGAGUAAUAUAGUUUGCGCUGAAUAUAAGGCACCAUUUAGUUGAAUGGGUACAAUUUGUGAAAACCUAGAAUUCACAAAUUCUUUACUGCAAAUAACCAGUUUGCUUGCAAAAUCCUGGGGUACAAGGUGCCUUUCAGAUGCAGUUUUCAAAAAACGCGCUAUCAAAACAAACGCAGGCACACAAUGCAACAUCAUAAUUAUAACUAUAGGAAAAGGACAAAAAACAGAACAGGGCGGGAACGGCUAUGCGUGCGCGGAAACCUUCUUGAAAUUUUGUAUAUUUUUGAAAUUGAUUAACUUAUUCGUUUUUUUUUUGUGUGAGGAGGAGCAAAGCAAAAGCAUAAUUCUACCCAAUCUUAGGAAAACAAAAGAGAAAAGAAAACGCAGUAACAUGUAAGAGUAGUGAGUAUACUUAAUUUAACCAAUUUUUCUUAUAGAGAUAUAAUAGCGAUAAAGAUCAUCUUAUUGUAUUAAAUGGUACAUGAAAGAAAUAUUAGUUGCGUUAAGAUUCACAGAAUUUAAGGCAGUACAUACUAAUCAACCUCAUCGUGUGGAAAUAGAACUGGAAUAAAAAAUAAAACGCGAGCAGCUCUAAAAGGUUCUCGUGCUAAGCUAAAGAUCAAUUUGGUAAUCCGUUCACCACAGGAUAGAUAUGACGAAAAAAAAUUACUUUAUAGUAUAAACAAACAGCUGAUAGUACGUACAAUAA